AGCGCUCAGUCUCGACUCAACGUUCGUUCCGUCCACACGCGAUUCCGGUUUGCGCAGUUCUUCUCGCGGUUCCUUGCAGCUUGUGCUUUGUGGGUUCCUUCUUGACGGGGUGAAGAAUCUAGGCCGUGGAAGCAGCGCCGAACGCAGAGUUGGUGUUCACUGGGUUAUUUGAUCAGCGCGUGCGAUUCCUCCAACCUCCUCCAGUAAUUAUUGGCAAACCAAGCAAUAGCAGCAAAAAUGAACAGCGCACGUCACCGGUUGAUACGUGGCUUGAAUCGAUUAGCGUCCACAUCGGCCACUUCGGCCGCUCCAACGGCACCGUCCACAGCCGCCACCAGCACGUCCAACCCGUCCAACAGCAACGCCGUGCCCCGGUCCAGCUAUGCCACAGCGACGUGUCCCCACAUGGUGGACAUGGCCGCAGCCGAGGCUGCCACCAUCAACACCCGGUUGCAGUCACACCAGCAGGCCCCGCCGACGAUCAAGCUCGAGCAGGCCCGGCCGUACUCGGAAGUGCCCGGCCCGAAGCCGUUGCCGAUUUUGGGAAACACGUGGCGCGUCUUUCCCAUCAUUGGUCAAUACAAAAUCUCCGAUGUGGCGAUGAUAUCGUUCCUGCUGCACGAGCACUACGGUCGGAUCGUUCGGCUCGGAGGCUUGAUUGGCCGGCCCGACCUGCUGUUUGUGUACGACGCUGAUGAAAUCGAAAAGGUUUAUCGCCACGAGGGCCCAACCCCGUUCCGGCCAUCGAUGCCCAGCCUCGUCAAGUACAAGAGCGAACUGCGGAAAGAUUUCUUCGGCGAUCUGCCGGGAGUUGUUGGAGUCCACGGCGAACAAUGGCGCGAGUUCCGUUCGCGGGUCCAAAAACCUGUCCUGCAACUAUCCACCGUCCGUCGGUACGUGACCCCACUGGAGCAGGUCACCGAGGAGUUCAUCGAUCGGUGCAACAAGCUGCUGGAUGAUAAGCAGGAACUGCCGGCCGAUUUCGACAACGAAAUCCACAAAUGGUCCCUCGAGUGUAUCGGUCUGGUUGCGCUGGACGCCAGGUUGGGCUGUCUGGAGCCCAACUUGGAUCCCAAGUCGGAACCGCAGCAGAUCAUCAACGCUGCCAAGUACGCUCUGCGGAAUGUGGCUACGCUGGAACUGAAAGCGCCCUACUGGAGGUAUUUCCCGACUCCGCUGUGGACCAAGUACGUCAACAACAUGGACUAUUUCGUCAAUAUUUGCAUGAAAUACAUCAAGAACGCCACCAAUCGGAUGAAGCUGACCGAAGGACGCGCCCUGGACGGGGAACCUUCCCUGCUGGAGCGCGUAAUGAAGAGUCAAAACAACGAAAAGCUAGCGGUCGUAAUGGCGCUGGAUAUGAUCCUGGUGGGAAUCGACACCAUCUCGAUGGCCGUGUGCUCGAUCCUGUACCAGCUGGCAACGCGGCCAGCCGAACAACAGAAAGUGUACGAAGAGCUGCGACGAAUCAUGCCCGAUCCGAAGACUCCGCUGACGAUUCCACUGCUCGAUCAGGCCCACUAUCUGAAGGCGUUCAUCAAGGAGGUUCUGCGGGUUUACAGUACGGUGAUUGGGAAUGGGCGGACCCUGCAGGAGGACACCGUCAUCUGUGGCUAUAGAAUUCCCAAGGGGGUCCAGUGCGUCUUCCCGAACCUGGUGACCGGCACGAUGGAGGAGUACGUGACGGACGCCAAGACGUUCAAGCCGGAACGUUGGCUCAAGCCCAGCCAGGGUGGCACCGGAGACAACCUGCACCCGUUCGCGUCGCUGCCGUACGGUUACGGGGCCCGCAUGUGCCUGGGACGUCGCUUUGCCGAUUUGGAGAUGCAAAUUCUGCUGGCUAAGCUGCUGCGCUCGUACAAGCUCGAGUUCCACCACGAUCCGCUCAAGUACGUCGUCACGUUCAUGUACGCACCGGAAGGGGCACUCAAGUUCAAGAUGACACCGAGGGAGUGAAUGCAGGGGAGGUGUUUACGACUCGUUAUACUAGGGCUUAAGAAAUGCAAAUGUUUAUUACCGCCGGGUGGUUUCGAGAUUCGCCAACUUUUUUACAAUGUGUACAUAACCUGUUAGUAUAAUUAUCAACUCUAAUGUGUAUGGAAUAAAUGACAUUCAAAUACAGACUA